UGAAAUUCAAACAUUUGAAAUUUAGGAGAUUUUUUGGAGAUUUGAGCAUCGCAAAAAGAAGGACUGUCACCGAAGUGUUGGCAACACUGCCUUUGACAGUUCGCCCCCCAAAAUCAUGUUUUUUCUGCAUCUGUGUGUGUGUUUUGUGUGUGAAAAGUUGACUCGCAAAAUUUCUUGUGCAAAUUUCUCCCCCAAAAAUCUCAUCAAAUAAAUGUUUCUCAAUCGAAUUCCGGCAGCCACCAGAGGACCAAAACGCUACAAAGCCAGCAUGGAGGGAUUUUCCACGACGGACGUUGUGAUUAUCCAUGGCAAUUCGCAUCCGGAAUUGGCCAAUCUGAUUGCCAGCCGGCUGGGCGUCAAGAGUGGAUCUUCCAGUGCUUCUGUCUACCACAAGACAAAUCGGGAGACGAUGGUCGAUAUCUCUGAUUCAGUGCGUGGCAAGUCCAUCUACAUCAUUCAGACAGGCACCAAAGAUGUCAAUAAUAACAUCAUGGAACUCCUGAUAAUGGCUUAUGCGUGCAAAACCUCAUCGGCACGAUCUAUCGUGGGCGUCAUCCCCUACUUGCCCUACUCCAAGCAGUGCAAGAUGCGCAAAAGGGGCUGCAUCGUGUCCAAAUUGCUGGCCAAAAUGAUGUGCAAGUCUGGCCUUACACACGUCAUCACGAUGGAUUUGCACCAGAAAGAAAUUCAAGGAUUCUUUGAUUGUCCGGUUGACAAUUUGAGAGCUUCACCGUUCCUUCUUCAGUACAUUCAAGAGAGUAUUCCGGAUUAUCGGAAUUCUGUGAUUGUGGCUCGCAAUCCGGGUUCAGCCAAGAAGGCAACAUCUUAUGCAGAGCGUCUCCGUUUGGGCAUUGCAGUGAUUCAUGGGGAACAGAAGGAGUCGGAGACAGAUGAGGUGGAUGGACGAUAUUCUCCACCGGCCGUUUCGCGUUCACGUACGAUGGAUGUAUCUGUGGGGGUUCCAGUGCAUCCGGCCAAGGAGAAGCCACCGAUAAAUGUGGUUGGUGAUGUUGGUGGACGCAUUGCAAUUAUGGUGGAUGAUUUAAUUGAUGAUGUCCAGUCAUUUGUGGCAGCAGCUGAAGUGCUCAAGGACAGAGGUGCAUACAAAAUCUAUGUUCUGGCUACUCAUGGCCUCCUGAGUUCAGAUGCUCCGAGGCUUAUUGAGGAUUCGCCCAUUGACGAAGUUGUGGUGACCAAUACAAUUCCACAUGAGAUUCAGAAGAUGCAGUGUCAUAAGAUAAAGACCAUUGAUAUUUCUGUACUCCUCUCGGAGGCUAUUCGUCGCAUUCACAAUCGGGAAUCGAUGUCGUAUCUGUUUAAGAAUGUCACACUAGAGGAUUAGAAAGUAUAGAAUGAGAAGUUCCACGUGAGUCUGUCAGCUUCAAAUCUCUCCAAGAAACACUGUCACACUUUUUUUCAGUUUGUACACACUUUUUUUUGUUCUUUCUGGCCCUUCCUCUUCAUCUCUCAAAAGCUAUAUCUUCAUGCUAUCACAGGGAGUAAUCACGCGAUGGAGAGAGAGUGAGAGAGGUAUUUGGAAAUAGUAUAUAAGUAUAAAAAAUGUAUUGUGAAAAAAAGGGAAAAUAUAAGAUAUAUUCAUUGAUAAAGUA